GAAAAAAUGAGGGGAAGAGAGAGAGUGAGACAGACGGAAAUGACGGGAGCGAGGACUCGAUGUACGGCACAGAGUUGGGAGUUUGCAGGCAACCGGCGACCAAAUCAGCGAACUUAUGACAAUGAAGCGAGAGGGAAGGGACAACGGAAGCAUGUUCCAUGGGGUUAUGACAAAAGCACUUACAAUCAGGCUACAACAUACUUCUUUACCAAUUUUCCUGAGGACUGGAACCACGCAGAGAUGUGGGAAACUUUUAAGAGAUUUGGCAGGUUAGAUCAAAUCAGGAUUAGGAACUGUAAGCUAUGGGUGAACAAGGCAAGAUUUAGCAAGGAAGAAUCAAGGAAGAAGCCAAUGCUGAAUGUUAACACGGCGAAGGUCAAACCUGGAAUGCUCUCAUAUGCUGAUGCGCUAACAGGAACAAGAGGCACCAAAUCCAAAUCAGAAGCAGGACAGUCAACCAGAACAAGAGCUGGAAAAGAGAAAAUCUGGAAGGAAAUGAGAAGAGAAGAUGGAACAGGGCUGGAGUUUAACACCAAAAAAGAGGACUGUGCCUGGAUAGAGGGUUGUUAUGUUGGAAUUGUGCACUCAAUAGAAGCAAUACCAAGUUUGCAAGAAAAAUUCUAUUUAGAAGACCAUUUCUCUAUCUCAGUUAAACCAAUGGGGGGCAAGAUGGUACUACUUUACAGUAGUGACAAGGACGAGCUAAAAAAUAUCGUGGAGUUUAACGAGAAAUGGUUGAACCAAUGGUUCAAGGAGCUCCGAUCGUGGAAUCCAGGCAUAAUAGCAAAUGAAAGGUUUGCAUGGAUGAGAUGUCAGGGUGUGCCUCUUGAAGCAUGGGGAGAAGAUUUCUUUGCAACCAUUGCUCAUAUAUGGGGAAAGUUUAUAUGCUUAGAUGACAGCACCAAUGGAAAGGAAAGACUAGACAUAGGAAGAUUUCUAAUUUCAACUCGUGCAAUGGAAACAAUCUCAAAGAAGCUUCAAAUCAAGGUUGAUGGCAGAAUAGAAAACUUGAAGAUCAAUGAAGAAGAAUCAGCCAAUGGAAUUUUUGGAAUGAAAACAAACUUCAUCCCUUGUUUUUCAUCUGAUUCAACGAUGGAUGAUGAAGUAUGGUCAUUGGGGUGCUCUGAUGAAAUGAUCAUGGAAGAUGUACCGCUUAAAGCCACACAGUACAAUGUUCUGCCAAAUGACAGCUUGCACAAAGAAGAUGAUGACGUGGCACGGAGGAACGAAGUAGGGGAAGAAACGGGGGAAGCUAACCAUGUGCAACUGAACUCAAAAGAAAUGGAGAACGAAAUAGGAAAGCUUGAAGACCAGAUGGACAAGGACCUCGGCAGGAGCUCAAAAAUUAAAAGAACCAAGAAAGCACGUUCAUGUGCAUCAGUGUACAGAGCAACCUCAAUCAUAAGCUUGGCAUUUGGAAAGAAAGGGAAGAACAGGAGGAACCAAAGAAAUCCAGGCCAGAUGAGAAUUGUUCCAACCUUCCAUGCCAACAAAGACAAUAGUGUAGCAGGACAAUCAAUUAGAGACAGCGGCAUCGCUAACUGCAACAGAGACAGAUCGACGCAAGUCGCACCAGACGAGGCAUUGAGAACCUAGGAAUUUGCCAAGAAUAUAGGGGUUGUGGCUGCGGGAAAUGAACAGGAGAUACUGCAACAGUUAGAGAAGAUGGAGCAGUGAGACAAAGAAGGAUGGAAAUCAGUUUCAAUCAAGGAAUUGACAUGCA